CUUGCACUGUAACUACCGGUAGAAUACCGUAUACAUAUCUGUGGCCAUUGUACUGGUUAGACGGGCCGUGGAAGCUCGUAGGUGCAGCUGGGCAUCCCAAUGGCCGCCGUAAAAGAGUCCCAGAGGGAACCCUCGCUCCCGAAAUUGCUGUCUCUCGAUUCCACAUACGACACCUUCGAAGACCGAUUGAACGCGGCCUCAGUCAUCGCCGGGGUUGCCAGCAAAGGCCCAAACUCGAAGUCAACUUCCCAUGCAAUCCAAGUCGCAAGAGCCGAGUGGGUGCUGCGAUGGCUCCUAGAACGAUUAGGCUCCGAUGGUUCCCAAAGCGCCGAGGCGCGCGCAAAACCGGAGUCGUUCAAUCUGGUAGCGCAGCUCAUACACGGACUGCCGAUCGCCGUGUCCGCCCGGGUGCUGAAAUCCAGAAAGAUCCUCUUCAUUGUCGAGAAAACUUUGGAAGAGGCGAAUGCUGCCGGCGGCCGGGUCGUUCAAUACUCAAAUACGUCAGGUGGCGCUGAGACUGUCUCUGAUACGACCGAGUCAAAGCACUCCAAGGGUGUGGCUGUUGGGAAGAAGCGCAAGAAUGCGGAAUCGCCAGGCCGUCCUUCAAAGCGGGCGCGCAAUACCGGUCUCCCUGAUCCCUCCCAACUUCACCAAGCGUUGACGUCCCUGCUUCAAACCAUCAUCGGCGCUGCAGAAGCGGAAAGAGCCAACAUUCCCGUAUCAGCGGAGUACCUUAGCUCCGUCUUCCAGACCGACGUCGUUCACGCCGCGCAGUUGCUCGGCUUGUGGCUCUCGCUUACGGCGCAGAUCCUACGAGCAUCGGACGUGAAGGUCUCGCUGGGCCCUGUUUUGCGGAUCUGGAAAUCUAGAGUCAUCGCUAGUGGCAAAGGAGACCAAACGGAGUUGGAAUUUUCGUCCCGCUGCCUCGUCCCUGCUUCCGCUUUGCUGUCCUGUGCGAAGGCCAUGCAGGCCGUCCGCAGUGACUCUCCUUCUCGAACAAACCUCUCCAAUAUCGAGCAUCAAAUGGAAGGACUGCUCAUAAAACACGUCGUCUUCCCGACGUUUCGAGCUUUCGAGGCUGACCCGGGCCGUGUUGACGGCAAAAGCGCAGAACGACGCGAAGCCCCUUAUCUUCGCUCCCUGCUUGGACCGCUCAAAGACUAUCUUGGAUCAGUGUCCUCAAAUAGAGAAAGUUUGGGAAGCGAUGGCCAAGCGUACGAGCUGGCGACCUCCAUUUUUUACAUUGCCAUCCGAGCCACACCCUUGAUCACUCCUCAGCAAAGGCUAAAGCAUGCUCCAUGGCUUCGGGCCGUGUUCUCUGAGCUAGCUGAUUGCUGUGGUGCCAAUCUAUACCAGUCUCCAUCUCCAAAAUCGACGACAGUAUCCGCUGAGGCGUUAGAGCAGCUCCUGAGGGCCGCGAAACAGGAAUCCCUGACUCUGCUCCCCGAAGAUCUGAUGAGCGCUGCCGCAUCCUUUUCGAAUUUGCUUGACGACUCCAAGGAAGUACGCUGGAGUCUUGUGGCGGCGGUUCUCCAAAUCAAUCCUGCUUUCCUGUUUCACGCAGCCAACAUUCCCAGUCUCGCUGACGGGUUGCCCCAAACGUUGCGAAUGUCAAUAUUCAAGAGGCUUGCCUCUCUUGAAUUAGAUGACGAGUCUAUCAAUAGUAGGAUUGAUAUUCCGUCACCGGGCUCCGCUUCAGUCAAUUUUGUCGACGAAAUUGUCAUUCCUCUGGUUUCUGCAUACGUGUCUGCUAGACAACCUGCCGAAUUCAUCUCAGAGUGGUUCCAGCAACUACACGAAAGUUGGCCAUCGAAGAGCGGCGGUAUUGACGGCCAGAACACGUGGCAAUUGAAGGCUAUGGGUAAUGCCGUUGGUCUCACUGUUGUCGGCUCGCUUACAAUGGGGGAAGUGGUGUCUCUCCUCGAAACCUAUGUCGCCACGCUGCGUCAGGACUUCAAGGACUGGCAAUCCGACGUCUCUCAAGGCGGUAGAGCUUUUGCUGGGCUGGUGGUUCUUCACGGCCUCCUUCGCGGAGUACAGUCGGACGAUGUUGCCGACGCCCUAAAAUCGCAAUUCGACGAGAUCCACCUGAUGCUCCUUCGAAUUAAAAGCGAUAUCUCCGAGCAAACCGUCGGUCUCCUGCGUCCGGCCUUUCGGUUGCUAAGUUGCGUUCAAGACAUUGCGGUUUCCUCCUUAGACGCGUCUGAAAGUCGUCAGAGACUCGAACCGUUCUGGAAUUCCAGCUUGCUGAAAUGCAUCCAGUCGGGGCUCAAGCCCACGAAUUUCGAAGCUCGGUAUCGUCUGGUGGAGUCGUGCCUUCCGGAAAUCGUUUGCCUGCUCGCACAAUUCUCCUCAGCAUCCGACGCGAUCCCUGAGUUUGAGGAUUGUUCCGUCAAGGCGAUCGAUAGCGCUGCUACUGCAAUCUGCAAAGUCUUUGACAAGCAUAGCCUGGACAAUACCACAGGCGAAGAUCGAAAAACGAAAGCGACUCAAGCUCCGCUCUCGACCCUGCUGCUCUAUCCCGAGGGAUUCUCGAUCAUCCCAUCAAACACAAGAACGACGCUAUUCAAAAAGUUGAUACACGCAGCCUCAGCUGCAGAAGUCCACCAAGACCAUGACGCUCCGCAUGGAAAUAUCGCCAGUUUCCAACCGACCCUUUCUUCCUUGGCGAAGUAUCUGUGUGAAGCCGGCCCGAGUACCGCCAGAGACGAGCUUCUAGGGGAGGUUCUAAGGGAUCUCGAACGGAAAACAAAACAUAAAGGAGGUCGCGGCCACAGUGUUUCCAAUGUUCCCAUAUCUACAUAUCUUCACCUGUUCCCGCGAACCAUUCCGCGCCGACACCGAGAAGCUGUGAUAGAUUGUCUCGUGAACAAGUUACAGGACAAGAAGAUGGACAAUCGAUCGAUCGGCAGGAUUCUUGGCGUCCUAGUUCGAUUGAUGGCCGUGCCAAACCCUACUUCGAAGCUGCUGACAGACCUACGCGCUUGGGAUUCGAUCAUGGCUGGAUUGAAAACGCGCGGGCUGUUAGAAGAUCCUCUUAUAUCAUCGCUCGUCAACGAGCUUUUUCAACUGGCCACGGCCCAAAGCUCGUACUUGAAAGAAAAGGUUCAGGACUCUUUCGUGGCCAGCCUGAGCAAGGCCUAUCACGCGCAUGGACAGCCGAAGCGCCAGUCUCAGAACAUCGACUCUUCGACUGUCACGUCCGCUGCAUAUCUUUGUGAGAUGCUUUCUCAGGGAGAUGUGCGAGCCCAGCACGACACCCUUCAAUCCGCUCGAAAGCAGCUCGCCGAACUGGAUGUGGCGACUCUGUCCGGCUUGGCUUCUCAGCUCUCCGCAAUUUCGAAAAAAGCACGAUUUGCUUCUGAAGCAAUACAGGUGCUAGACAUCGUUGCAGAGAGUAUCACGGAACGGAAGAGCGAGGAUGACGUCCUCAAAAGGCUGCUCCUCGAUGCCUGCAUCCAACUAGGCAACACUGACGAUGUCCGGAUGUUCGGUCGACUGUCAUCGUUCAUCGUUGUUUCGUUGAAGGAUAGGCCGGCCAUGAUGUCGCAAUGGAGCAGCGAAUGCCUAUUGUCUUCCCUUGCGAAUGUUGCCACCGGUCGAAGCACCUUUUCCCCCGAAGACAGCAGCACCAUCUUCCGUCGCCUAUGCGCGUUAGGAUUAGCCCUUGUCGCCUUCCACCGCCAGCGCCAGCGCGGCCGACUCCAUCUCCUCCUCCCCUUCCUCCAGUCACUCCUCUCCUGGCUCUUCAUCGUCGACCACCGCACCGGCCCCUUCCUCGACCGCCCCUCCUGGGUCCCAAACGGCCCCCUCCAUCUCACCCCCGCCGACGCCGCCGCCUAUUCCCGCCUCCUUACCACCUUCUGCUCCCCUACCGUCUCCUCUGUCCAACGCCACCACCGGAAGACCCGCGACGACCACGAGGCCCAUCUAGUCGACGAGACCAAACGCGCCAAAGACUACGCCGGGCAGUAUGUGCAUCACAUUGUCAUGCAGUUCUGCCGGGACGCGCUGGACGCGCGCCUCGGCCCGGCCGUGCGGGACGCGUUGAUCCCUGGGAUUUUCGCGGCGAUCGAUAUCGUCCCCGCCAGCACACUGAAAGCCAUGAACGAUGAGAUGGAUUCGACGGGGCGGGCGAUCUGGCACAGCUUGUAUGAUGAGUGGAGACGGGUGAGUGGGGGACGGGGGAAGUUGGAUAGGAAUGAUUGAUAGCAUCGCCGGCUCAUUAGCGGUUUGGCUACCAUGAUAUUCCACGUUUUGGAGUGGAGCUCGCGCGCAGUCAAUCUUGUGUCUCCAUGUCCUGAAUAACAUGUAGCACUAAGUAGCGCUC